AGGGCGAUCCGAUUCGAUUCGAUCGGUGGGAAUACAUGGCGAGCGGCGUCGCGAGGGUAGAUCUGGACGGGCGCCCCAUCGGGCCGAUGACGAUAUGCAUGAUCGGCGCGGGGGGGUUCAUCGGCUCCCACCUCUGCGAGGCGCUCAUGGCGGAGACGCCGCACCGGGUGCUGGCGCUCGACGUCUACAGCGACAAGAUCAGGCACCUCCUGGAGCCCGCCGCCACCCUCCCCUGGGCCCACCGCAUCCAGUUCCACCGCCUCAACAUCAAGCACGACUCCCGCCUCGAAGGCCUCAUCAAGAUGUCGGAUCUGGUUAUCAAUCUGGCGGCGAUCUGCACUCCUGCGGAUUACAACACUCGCCCUCUCGACACCAUAUACAGCAAUUUCAUCGAUGCCCUCCCCGUGGUGAAGUACUGCUCGGAAAAUGGCAAGCGUCUCAUUCACUUCUCUACGUGUGAGGUGUAUGGGAAGACCAUCGGAAGCUUUCUCCCGAAGGAUAGCCCUCUCCGCCAGGACCCUGCAUAUUACAUGCUUUCAGAAGAUGCCUCCCCUUGCAUAUUUGGUUCAAUUGAAAAGCAGAGGUGGUCAUAUGCAUGCGCAAAGCAACUGAUUGAAAGGCUGAUAUAUGCUGAGGGUGCAGAAAAUGGUCUCGAGUUUACUAUAGUCAGACCAUUUAACUGGAUUGGACCUAGAAUGGACUUCAUUCCUGGCAUCGAUGGUCCAAGUGAGGGUGUUCCCAGGGUUCUUGCAUGCUUUAGUAAUGCUCUGCUUCGCCGUCAGCAACUUAAGCUUGUCGAUGGUGGUCAGUCCCAGAGAACAUUCAUUUUCAUCAAGGAUGCCAUUGAAGCUGUUCUUUUGAUGAUUGAAAAUCCAGCGAGAGCCAAUGGCCACAUUUUCAAUGUUGGCAACCCCAACAACGAAGUCACAGUUAGGCAGCUGGCUGAGAUGAUGACUCAGGUUUACUCUAAGGUUAGUGACGAGCCACCUCUGGAAGUACCGACAAUUGAUGUCAGCUCCAAGGAGUUUUAUGGAGAGGGAUACGAUGAUAGUGAUAAGAGAAUCCCGGACAUGACCAUCAUCAAUAGGCAACUAGGUUGGAAUCCCAAGACAUCACUAUGGGACUUGCUCGAAUCGACCCUCACCUAUCAACACAGGACGUAUGCUGAGGCUAUCAAGAAGGCCAUGUCAAAACCCGUUGCCACAAGCUGAGCUACAGGAUCUACUUAGCGAAAAGCAAAGGCCGAGCGAUCAGAUUUUCUGGCUCGGUGUCGGUUUACACCGGAGAGUGCCGCUGUUACAGGUCCUAUGAUUCUUUCAUGGAGAUUAAACAUAUUUAAAUAGACGAUACUCUUUAUACAUUAAGAUACUUUUUGGCCUUUGUGGUGUCGGUAGUCGUAGUCCAUGGAUCGUCGGGAUAUGAUAUUCUGGUCAUAACUUAGAUCCUUUUAGGGAUUUUUUCCUUCUGUAAUUCAGUAAUAGAGCUUUCAGCUACGCACCGCACAAAGACCGAGCGUUUUGGGUCUUCCUGUUCCAGGGGAUUGGUCGCAAUUCCUAUUUAUCUUCAAAAGCUUGUUGUA